GCGCCCAGCCUCCUGCCAGGGGGAGGCUGCGGUGGCGGCGGCGUGGCGGCGGGGCUGCCGAGGAGGAGCCAGGCCCCAAAGCGCCCUCGCCCCGGCCCUCAAGCGAAGCAGGGCUGAGCACUAGCCCCCCGACCGAGCCCGAACCAGCCAUGGAAGCCCCCCCGAACCUCGACCUGUUGGAGUCCCCCGGAGGCUGCCCUUCUCCCCUGGAGCGUCAAGUCAGCCCCCAGUAAGAAGAUGUGGGUCAAGCUGCGGGCACUGUUGCGGUACAUGGUGAAACAGCUGGAGACGGGAGAAGUGAAUAUUGAAGAGUUAAAGAAGAACUUGGAAUAUACUGCUUCAUUGCUGGAAGCUGUCUAUAUUGAUGAGACCAGGCAGAUUCUGGACACAGAAGAUGAACUCCAGGAGAUCAAAUCUGAUGCAGUCCCCUCAGAAGUACGAGACUGGCUGGCGUCUACAUUCACUCAGCAGACCCGUGCUAAGGGACGUCGUUCUGAGGAAAAGCCCAAGUUCCGCAGCAUCGUCCAUGCUGUUCAAGCUGGCAUCUUUGUGGAGAGGAUGUUCCGUCGGACGUACACAGCUGUGGGACCCAAUUAUUCGCAGUCGGUCAUCAACUGCCUGAAGACUCUUGACCUCUGGUUUUUUGAUGUCUUUGCGCUGAAUAAAGUGAGUGAUGACCAUGCCUUGCGCACAAUUGUCUUUGAAUUGCUGACCCGCCAUAAUCUCAAUAGCCGUUUCAAGAUCCCCACAGCAUACCUCAUGACCUUCCUGGAUGCACUAGAGGCUGGCUAUGGGAAAUACAAGAACCCUUACCACAACCAGAUCCAUGCUGCUGAUGUCACCCAGACUGUACACUGCUUUCUGCUCCGUACUGGGAUGGUGCACUGCCUGACAGAGAUUGAGGUCCUGGCCAUGAUUUUUGCAGCUGCAAUUCAUGACUAUGAGCACACAGGUACCACCAACAGCUUCCACAUUCAAACCAAGUCAGACACGGCCAUUUUGUACAACGACCGUUCAGUGCUUGAGAACCACCAUAUCAGUGCCGUCUUCCGCAUGAUGCAAGACGAUGAGAUGAACGUCCUCGUCAACCUGACCAAGGAUGAAUUUUCGGAGCUCCGGUCACUUGUAAUUGAAAUGGUUCUGGCCACCGACAUGUCCUGUCAUUUCCAGCAAGUCAAGACUAUGAAAACAUCUUUACAGCAGCUUGAGAGAAUUGACAAAUCAAAGGCGCUUUCCCUGUUGCUGCAUGCAGCUGAUAUCAGCCACCCCACCAAACAAUGGACAGUUCAUUCCCGAUGGACCAAAGCCCUCAUGGAAGAGUUUUUUCGCCAGGGAGACAAGGAGGCUGAGCUGGGAUUGCCGUUCUCCCCACUGUGUGAUCGCACAUCCACACUGGUGGCCCAGUCACAGAUUGGCUUCAUUGACUUUAUUGUGGAGCCCACUUUUCAAGUCCUGACAGAUGUGGCUGAGAAGAUGGUCAUUCCCCUGGUAGAGGAAGGCUCCAAGAACAAAUCCUCCAGUCAGCAGAGCAGUUCCCAUUGGCGUCAGCCAUCGGUAGAUGAGCAUGCCGAGCUGGGAGAUAUCAACGCUGACAUCAACAGCUUCCGUUCCACCUGGACAAAGUAUAUCCAAGAGAACAAGCAAAAGUGGAAGGAGCGAGCUGCCAGUGGGAUUACUAACCAGACCUCCAUUGAUGAGCUCUCACCAUGUGAGGAAGAAGCCAGCACACCUGAAAACCAGCACAAUCAGAAUGGCAAUGUGGAAUAGUGCUGCCUGUGUGGGAGCAAGGUGCCCAUCAAAAUUUACUCCAAAGUCUUCGAUACCAUCGAUUCAGCACCAUCCGCACAGGGAGAGGGAGCCACACCUGGCCACCCUGGCUUGAGGAGGGUGUGACGUGAAUGCAACCAUCAAUACUACUAGUAAUAAUACUACUACUAUUAAUAAUGAUAAAUGCAAACGAUGUUGACAUCACACACAGCACCCACUGCCUGUCCCAUCCCUGAGCUGCAGAGAAGAGAGAGACCCCGUGUGUAUAUUCUCCAUUGCACCCCAAUCACUAAGCACUAGUGGGCCAAUGGCCUCCACAGCCUCUGGGGUUUGCCAUACACAUACAUACAAACACACAAACACACACCAUUCCCCCUCCCCCAGCAGCACCAAACAAACAUUGGGUAAGGCUUCUCACUGCCAAAUCAGCAAAACAACUGCCGAGGUGUUUUUUAGAAGCAAGAGGGGCUGUAACUGCAUUUUGCAUGAGAAAAGAGCCUAUGGGUGGUUGAGCUUGACAGUUGUGCAUAUGUUGGGAAGCAGUGGCUGACAGGGAGAAUCUUGUCCUUGCAUGAUCAACAUGGAUCUCAGCUGGCCUUAGAAAUGGACUAAAUCAACCAUGUACUGGGAAUUCAUCCCCUUAUCCCCCCCUCCUAUAAAGCUGUACCUGUAGUUUUCCUACAGCACAUUUGCCAAAGCCUUUUGGGUAAGUAACUUGUCUCCUUUACACAGCUGUCCCAUCUUGUAAAACCAGAUUAGGCAGCCUUCUCUCCUCUGCUACAGCAUUAAAUCAAAUUGGUUCAAAUCUAUAUGUCCAAUUUCAGGCCUCCAAGUAAUAGUUAAUACAGUAACCUAUGGUAAAUUUAUAUUUUAAAAAUUUGUCUGGUGAUUGCUGCCAUUAACUGUUGCCCAUUCCUGGCAAGCAUGGCCCUAUUUGACUGAUCUUCCGUUGUGGGUCAGGAGUUGGAGCUCAGUUGAGCUUCCUUCUUCCCUACCAUAGGUUCCUCCCAUCCCUGUUUUCUGCCAGUCAGGAGGGAUGUCAAAUAUGGAUGCUGAAUAGACCUUGGUGCAAACUGAUCAUUCUACAGAUGCUGGCUUCUGGGGAUCAGAAGCCUCACAGGAUGCCCUUCCUUUAUGGGGAAAUCUCUUAUUUGUAUAUACCUGAGAUCUCAGUGCAGAUCCAGACACUAUAUGUGAGCUUGGACAAUCCUUACUUAGGGAGUGUUUUCUCUGUGGCUGAUGCGUGCAUAUGUACAUCUUCCUGUAUGCAAAAGGGAUGGAGGCAUGGAAAGAUAACCUACUUGCACAUUCUGCUUUCAGUGGUGCAAGGGCAAUUAUGAGGAGGACAUCCCAUCAGAAGUGAGAGCAGGGCUGGCAGCCCAGGGUUUAACACGAGCUGAAAUCAGUGUUGUUCUUUUUAAAUGUUAAAGCUCAGUUAAGUAAUAAAGGAACUAACCAGGUGGAGACUAUCAUUCUCAUUAGCUACAGACUGCACCCACAUAUCUAAAAUAUGAAGGUAUAUCUUCAAAGGUCAAAGGAUUGGCUUUAAAGUAUACUUUAAAGUAUAGAGUAUACUCCAGCACGACUUCUCUGAAAACAAAAUUAUGACUUUGGUGUAACAGAGCAAGACCUGAGAUCACAUUAGAUUGUAGCUUGUGAGUGAGAGGCAUCAAUAAAAAUGGACAUGGCACUUCCCCUGUGGGUUCUCACACAAGUUUGAGCAGCAUGUUUUUGCAGGUCACCCUGACCAGUUCUCAGCCUGGAGAGGUCUUCCUCUCUUGAUUGUCUGACACACUCUUCUGCUUUCAGUCAUGUGUAUGUAUAGGCCUUACACAUAGCAUAAGGAAAUGCAGCAGCUAAGUCUGUGGCAUAAGGAGGAGCAGUAGCUGCUAAGAAGCGGCUAAAAAGCAAAGUAACAAAAGUGGCAAAUGUAGCAUGAAAGGCCAGUUGGACACAGGGCACAUGAUGCUUCAGCCCUUGACAAACUGCAUCUGGAUCCAUCCAAAUCCAUUCUCAAUAAACACAUCUGACAUGGCACUUAUGACAAGGUAUGCUUCUGAGAAACUUAUCUCAGGCUGUGCUACACAUUUAUCGAGAGUGUAUGGUAGAGUCCCAAGAGAGCUAUGCCAUUUUUCAUGCGGGAGCUACAUGAAUGAAUGUUACUAGGAUAGAGAAUCUGGGGUGUCACAUACAACCCUUCUUCCUAGCAUUUUCUUUUCCUAUUACACAGGGAUUUAAAAAAAAAAUUUUAGGGAAUAUUUGCAUAUGUGAUUCCUUCCCUUGUACACACACUUGCAAUCUGAAAUAGUCUGGUGCUAAGUGGGCUGUCCCAGGUACUUUUGCUGCAAGCAUAACUGGGUAUUUGGACCAUCCCAGGUAGGGUUAGGUGUGUUUUACUGAAGAGUGGAGGCAAGGUUCUAGUUUUAGUAUAUAUGCUGCCGAAGCGAGCACUGCAAACAAGGUGAAAUGGCUUAUUCUAUUGAACCAGUUGGUUUCAACUUUUGAACUUUGCAUGGUUCUUCAGACGACAGAGGCCACAGCAUCAAGCAGGUGGGUGAAGGGCAUUCUUGCAUUUAGGAAUGUGGCAGCUGGAGGUAUUGCUGAGCUCUGCAGGCAAUGUGAGAGAGGCUUUAAUUGAGAGGCAAGUUGAUGUCUCUAGAGAGGAGGGACCAGUUCGAGCUGGCAGAAGUUUGGAAAGAAGAGUGAAAUGUUCUGGAGCUUGUGAUAAAACAAGAUGGCUGCACCAUUUCAUUAGAGUGAGUGUCUGCCAUUGCCUGAAAUCUGUUACGUCACAUGAUGACUGUAUGAUUCAGGCCUGAGUUUCUCUCUGCCUUUUAACCCGCCCCCGCCCCCCACUGUUCCCCACAGAAUUCCUAGUUGGAAUGGAGACAUGGCUAGGAAUAUGUCCCAUAUAUAUUCUUCAGCUUUGAUGUCCUGUCCAGUGCUUUGAAUACUUCCCCCGAGAGUGACAUGGUUGAACAAGGACCAUCACGGGGUGGAGUUAUCUUCACCCUGGCUCUGCCAUUCCCUCCAUGUCCAAACAGGACAUAACUUUACUAUUGUCAGCUCCAGACUCCUUGUCCUUUCACACUGGGGCCCCAUGGCAUUGUAAAUACCCCACCUCCGCUGUCAACACAUUUGGUCCGUGGAACUCUGUAUUUGUGCCUCGGACAUAAUUUUUCUACCAUGCAGUAAGUAACUCCUUUUUUUUGUUCUGUUCUGUUUCUUGAAUUCAAAAAUUCUUAUUAUAAACAGAUCCAUAGUCCAAUGCAGACUUCCAAAUUAUACGCAUGUAAAAGAAAUGUAACAAAUAAAAGGAAAACAAUGAACAGCAACAAUAAAAAUUAAAUAAAAACGAGGGGAAAAAGA